AUGAUUGACAGUACACAAGAUACAAGAGUAUUAGAUCAAUUGGUAAUUUGUGUUAGGUACUUAUAUAAGGGAAAAGUCCAAGAAAGGUUAUUAAGUUUGGUUGUAAGCAGUGACUCCAGUGGUCUAGCUCUUUUUAAUUUAUUGUGUAAUGUACUUUCAAUCCCUAAAAAUCUCUCAUUGACUGAUGUAAUAGGUUGUUCUUUUGACGGUUCAGCUAAUAUGAAAGGUGCAUAUAAUGGAUUACAAGCAUAUAUGAAAAAUUCCAAUCCAUAG